UCGUGAGGGAGAGAGAGAGAGAAGGGAAAGAUGCUGUUGCCAGGGAACAGCAGUGAAGCAGGGACGUCCAUCUUUUCCACCUUGUUUGAGAAUGAGAUCAUAUUCCACCAUGGACGUGAAACAGACUGAGCAUGAGGAGAAGGCACUCAGCUGAUUGUGACUCCCGACAGCCUGAAAGGAAUCCCAGAGAAGGAGGACACAGUCUCUCCUCUUCUACAGUUUCUCCCGUGGCUUCCAUUAGAACCAUCAGCCAACAUUCAGGUACCUCGCACAGAAAUGUCCCACCUGCAGAUGUAAACAGUGAUGAUCAGGCAGCUCUAGAACGGGAGCCUCUGACAGCAAAACAAGGAAGUGACCCGGAAGUCUUCUUAAUCACAGCAUAGGGCCGAGGCCUGUCCUCCCUGACAGAGGAUGGGUACAGCAGAGGCCACUUUACGUAUGGACAGCAUGGAGACGAAGGACGAGUGGCAGGAUGAGGAUUUCCCCAGGCCACUACCAGAAGACGGCGACGUUGAUUCUUCAUGUGGCCUCACUGACAACAGAAGCAAUCCCCCCACCACUUUGAAAGUGGGAGAGUCCAUGUCUCAGCAUAAGCGUCGCACCUUGGUGGCCCCGGACAUGAACCUGUCCCUGGAUCAGAGCGAGGGCUCAGUGCUGUCUGACGACUUCCUGGAAACGCCCGAUGACCUGGACAUCAACGUGGACGACAUGGAGACCCCCGAUGAGACCGACUCGCUUGAGUUCAUCACUAACGGCAACGAGCUGGAGUGGGAAGAUGACACUCCGGUGGCCACAGCCAAACGUCUUCCAGGGGAGAGCGAGGAAGAACGAGACUCGUCAGGUCGUAUGUGGAGGACGGUGAUCAUCGGGGACCAGGAACAGCGCAUUGACAUGCAGGUCAUCAGGCCGUACCUGAGGGUGGUCACACAUGGAGGUUACUAUGGUGAGGGUUUGAAUGCCAUCAUCGUGUUUGCAGCCUGUUAUCUCCCUGACAGCGGCUGCGAAGACUACGCCUACAUCAUGGAGAACCUUUUCCUGUAUGUUGUGAGCAGCCUGGAGCUUCUGGUGGCAGAAGACUAUAUGAUUGUUUACCUGAACGGAGCAACUCCUCGCAGGAAGAUGCCCGGCAUCAGCUGGCUGAAGAGAUGCUACCAGAUGAUUGACAGAAAACUGAGAAAGAAUCUCAAGUGUCUCAUCAUCACUCACCCGACAUGGUUCAUCCGAACCGUCCUGGCCAUCUCAAGACCUUUCAUCAGUGUGAAGUUCAUGGAUAAAAUCCGCUACGUUCACACUCUGGAUGAACUCGGCCAGAUCAUCCCCAUGGAGCACGUGCAGAUCCCUGAGUGUGUGCUGCAGUACGACAACGAGAAGAUAAGAGCACAGGGGCAAAGACUUGAGCAGGACCAGCAGCAGGGCAACUCAACGCCGCCUAAAGAAAGGCCAAAGUCAGUGAUAGCAGAGGUCGGCUGUGACAUCUGACAUUAAGGAAGAAGUGGGGAACGUUCAUUCAGUACAACAGGAAACAUCACCACACACACGCACGCCAACAGCCCAGGAUCAAAUCUCCUGCCUGGAUUCAUUAGCUGCAAGACAAUCAUAAUUACCAGCAUUGACAUGCCUGCGUAUAAUUAAGAGUCAAACACCACCAAAGCAUUACAGAAUAGAGCCUAAAAAAAGGUUUGUGCUUCCUGCAUGAGCCUCAUCUACAGCAUGACUAAAGAUAAUAUGUAAAGGAGAAUUUAUGAUAAAAGGAAAAUGGUUGACAAACUUAAACAAAAAUACUUCCCUCUGUGACAAAUGAAUUAAGUUAAUUCACACUUAAGAGAGCAAGUUCAAAAGUGUUUUUUUGUUUUUUUUAAGUUCGUCCACCAUUUUAGUGUGAAUAUACUGCAACGUAAUGAAGUUCAUUCAAAUUCAGUUAAGCAAGUUAUAUAAAUACAAAUGUCUUAAUUUGUUUUGUUUGUCAACUGUUUUCUUUUUCAUUUUGGGAAUGUAAAUACGUGUUGAUAUGUUUCUGAGAGAAACGAGUGUUUGCACAUAAUUCUAUUUGUUUUCUAAAUGUAAAUGAAUGGCAUGGCUGUGGCUUGGUUUCUGUUCUAUUUUCUGGAAACUAAUAGUGAUACUUUGAUAUGCAGGUGGCAUGCUUGUCCAUUUUAUUCCCUGUCUCCUCUCCAGUCAUUUGCCAACAUGUUUUAAAAGAAACUUUUACAAUACGAAUCAUUUGUAAUAUAUAUAUACUGUAUCUAUAUAUAGAUAUAUAAGAGGAGAGUUCAUUCAGUGUUAUUUAUGAAAUGUGCCAUUUACUGUUUGUAAUAAUAAUAAUAAAAGAGUGAACUUAAA